AAAGCAACCUAGUUAUCAAAAAUCCAUAUCGGGAACAGGAAGACACACAGGUGCUAAAAACAAAGAUGAUAUCCUUUGCUUCCCAGCCCAUAAAACCAAACAUCUCUCUCCUAAACUCACAAUCUCGGCAUGUCCAAAAGCAGGAGUAGCCUCGUCCUUGAUGCAAAAGGGUGGGAAUCAUUUGUAGCAGGUGCACUAAGAUUGAGCAAGCCAUAAUAACACUCUGCAAAUAAAGUCGCAGCAGCAAUGGCUCCUUCUGCCGCCGCCGUUAAGGUUUACUCUACGACCACUCCCACCUCUCCUUCCGAGGUUUCCGUCAAGAGAGUCGGUACUCAUAACGGAAGCUUUCACUGCGACGAGGCUCUCGGUUGCUUCAUGAUCCGCCUCUCCGAUAAAUUCUCCGGCGCCGAUAUCGUCCGUACGCGUGACCCCAAGAUAUUGGAAGAGCUUGAUGCAGUGCUUGACGUUGGAGGCGUUUAUGAUCCCUUCCAUGACCGCUAUGAUCAUCACCAGAAAGGCUUUGAGGAGGUGUUUGGGGACGGUUUCAACACCAAGCUCAGCAGUGCCGGUCUCGUUUACAAGCAUUUUGGAAAGGAGAUCAUAGCUAAGGAGCUAAACGUCGACCAAGAUCACCCUGAUGUCCUUCGCUUGUUUCUAGCUGUCUACAAGAGCUUCAUGGAGGCAAUUGAUGCUGUGGACAACGGAAUAAAUCAGUAUGACACUGAUAAGCCUCCUAGAUAUGUGAACAACACACAUCUCUCUUCAAGGAUUGGAAGAUUAAAUCUGGAUUGGAUUGAUCCUGACCAGUCACAGGAGAAGGAGAACGAGGCUUUCCAGCUUGCUAUGGCUCUUGCUGGCGAAGAGUUCCUCCAAAGUCUAAGAUUUCAUGUAAGAUCGUGGUUACCUGCUCGAUCAAUAGUGAUGCAAUGUCUCGAAGAUAGAUUCAAGACAGACCCAAGUGGCGAGAUCAUGGUAUUGAAAAAGUUCUGCCCUUGGAAGCUUCACUUGUUCGAGCUUGAACAAGAGAUGAAGGUCCAACCCCUCAUCAAAUACGUCAUCUACCAGGACGAGCGAGGAAAGCAAUGGAGAGUUCAAGCAGUGGCGGUUGCACCUGACAGGUUUGAGAACCGAAAGGGUCUUCCUGAGCAAUGGAGAGGACUUAGAGAUGAGCAACUCUCCGAAGCUGCUAAGAUCCCAGGUUGCGUGUUUGUUCACAUGAGCGGCUUUAUAGGCGGAAACCUGUCCUAUGACGGCGCUUUAUCCAUGGCUCGAACUGCUCUCACUCUCUAAUUCAAUGCAUAGAGAGUUUACUGUACAAUUUCGAUUUUCAAAUUGACGAAAAUUGUCAUUUUUCUUGGAUGGAAAUCGUAUCUUCAAUAGAGAUUUUGAAUUCUUUAUUUCA